AUGUGGUACUGUGGUAUCUACCACCAACUUUAUCAAGGCGGAAUACAAGGGCCGAGUCACUCUGAAGCAAUACCCACGCAAGAAUCUGUUCCUAGUGGAGAAUACGAGCCAUCAUGGGAAGAGCAGCCAAUGCCUGAGACUCCAAAAUGGUUUCAUCUGCCCUAUUUGUUCCAGAUGCCACCAUAUGCCAGUUCUUCCAAAGUCGUAAUCAGAGUUACCACACCAGCUCAAAGGACCAAGGUCCCUCCAGUCCACCACUCCUCCCCCACCACCCAAAUCACCCACCGCCCUCGAGUGUCCAGAGCAUCUUCAGUAGUAGGUGACAAGCCCCCAACCUUCCUGCCAUCCACUACAACCUCAAAGAUCUCAGCUCUAGAGAGGCUACUCAAGCCCCGGACGGCCAGCUACAACCACCACACCAGGCUGCACAGGCAGAGAGCAUUGGACUAUGGCUCACGGUCUGGGAGGGAAGGCCAAGGAUUUUACAUUCUGAUCUCGACCAUCCUGGGCCUUUUCCUGCUGGCACUUCUGGGGCUGGUGGUGAAAAGCGCUGUUGAAAGGAGGAAAGCCCUCUCCAGGCGGGCCCGCCGACUGGCCGUGAUGAUGCGCGUCCUGGAGAGCUCCCAGAGGACCCGCGGGUCGCGGCUACCACGCUCCCAAAACAACAUCUACAGCGCCUGCCCGCGGCGCGCUGGUGGGGCGGACGCUGCAGGCAAGGGGGAGGCCCCCGUUCCGGGUCCCGGAGCGCCGUUGCCCCCCGCCCCGCUGCAGGUGUCUGAAUCUCCCUGGUUCCAUGCCCCAUCUCUGAAGACCAGCUGUGAAUAUGUGAGCCUCUACCACCAGCCUGCCACCCAGAUGGAGGACAGUAAUUCAAACGACUACAUCAAUGUUCCUGCCUGACAACUCCCCAGCUGUCCCCCAACCUCAGGCUCAAACUGUGGUGCCAAGGAGUCUUGUCUGUCUGCCGAUAUCCAAUACCUGCUUCGUGUGUUCUUACAGCCCUCGUCACUUCCCAUGCCCCAUCUUGACUCCCGUCCCCAUCUAUCUGUGCCCUGAGCAUGGCUCUGCCCUCAGGUCCUCUCGCACAGCUUGGCAGCCUCCUGUAGUUGACAGGUAAGCUGUAGACAUGCAGAGCAAUUGUCCCAAUGCCACUUGCUUCCUUUCCAAUCUAACAGGCUGUGGGAUUUGCAGAGCAUUUCUUCCAUGUCUUUGACCACCAGGUUGUUGCUGCCCAGACUCUAGAUCGCAUGGCAUCAGGCUGGGACAGAGGCAUAGCUAUUGUCUUGGGUAUCCUUCCCAGGCUUGGGUCUUACACAAAUAGAAGGCUGUUGCUCUGAGUUAUGUGACAUGCCUCAGCCCCAUGGACUAGGCAGGUGUCUAGUAUAAAAACAUUCCCGGAAACGCCUUUGCCCUGAUCCAGAAGUUAGCACUUCUAGUGAACGUCUACUUAUCUCAAGUUCUAUGCUAAAGGCAAUUUAUCUUGAUGUGAUGAUGUAUUCUAAAUUUCAGAACCAAGCUUGAGUGAGAUAUGCAUAUGUAUCCAUAAACUCUCUUUACUUUGUCUCCAUCACUUGAUGCACGUAAGUGCCCUGACCUCAGCAUCUCCCCUCAAAAAAAAAAAAAGUAUUUGUCAUCUCUUUAUCUUUCUUCCAUAACCUGACACUGAUGUUUGUGCACUUACCUUAACUUUGGUCUAUUUUAGUCAUCCAAAACUAUUACAUUUCUUGGUUUUCACAAAUGUUGCCCAUUUCUUAGGCAGUUUCAGACAAUGUAUAGCAAGGUGGCGAAGGAAAGCAACAAGAAAUUUCUGGGUGGCCAGGGCUCUGCAAUAGCACUUAUGUCAUGGAAGAAGAGAUAUUCCACCUCCUACAUAUACUGUUUGUCUAAGUUUUUGGAACAAGGUCAUAGUCAGACAUUAUAUCUUUAGAUUGAUGUCAACCACAAAGUUCAGCCAGAGCUUGAGGCUAGAUGCUGAGCUUUGUGCUGGGAAGAAGGCCUCUUCUGGCUAUACUGUACAGUCUCACUGGGCAUUCAUCCAGAAAUAGAGAAGAAAGGCUGCCAGACUUGAGUUGUGUUGUCUUUUAUUAGCAGGGAAUGUCAUCACAGAUUGGACGGUACAUCCAGGUGCAAUGUCACCAUCAGCAAGGUCAGCUUGACACUCAAGUGGCACAUUAGGGAAGAAUGACUAGGACCAAAAAAAAAGGAGGCACCAAGGGAAAGGGAUGAUGGGGUAGGUUGGUGAGUGUGGGUGGGAAAUGAACUGUUUAGUGAGGAUCUGCUUUGUGCUGGGCACUUUAAUCCACAUUUUAUCAUUUGCUUUUCAAACCGAUGCAACUUACCCCCACCCCAAUGCUCUGUCCCUGCAGAUAUCAGAAGACAGUGUGAUUUUCACACUCUAGAGUUCAGUUUUACAUCCCAUCAUCCCUCUCUGUUUUUUAACAAUCCAAAGACAGACCAAAAAAACCACCACAGUUUAUUAAGUACUUACUGAGCACCCAUCCACUGCCCCACACUGUGGCAAGGAUUGUGAGGGGUAAAGAAGCAUGGGGCACAAUAUUCUGCUGCCUUCAUGUAACUUACAGUCUCACAAAUAAAUAGAACUUCAGUUGAAAUACUGACAUUAAUUAAAUAGAGUUGUAAUAAAUACAGAAAUCUUCUUUGUAGACUCUUCACAGCAUCCAGAGGCACCUUCCCUAACUGUCACUGGGGCUGCUUAAAGAAUGACUUCUUUGACAAUAAUCCUGGGCCAAAAAUGGGACCCGUGGCCAAGGGUAUGAAGUAUCCAGUGAACAGCAUAGGAAGGGAGACUGUUUGAAAUCACACAGGGAAGGAACUGGUAGGGGAAGGGGGGUCCUGCUCUAGACAUUCAGAGCUUGUAGAAUUGCUGCAUCCAGGUCAGAAGAAUGUCCACUUCCCCAAGAGCUUUGGUCAGAGCUGCUUCUAUGUCCAACUAAAGGGAAAAGAGAGUUGAAGGUCAACCAUGUUAGCUAUGAGAAUAGUCUUUCUUCCAACUCGCCAUGCCUAAAAUAGACCUGACUCCAAUCCAUGGGAUGGGUCACAUUUGGGAUGGCCUCUGAUGAGCUCACCUGCUUGUCACUUUUCCUCCAUCUACAUGUGUUUGUCUGCUUCAGGGGUGAGGACAAACAGGCUAGUGAGUAUCAGUGGGCAAGGAACAAGGAAAAGGUACAUGGCACCCCUAACAACAGGAAUCACAAACUCCAGUAUAAGUCCCACCACCUGAAUCCACUGCACAGGUGAAAUGAGCCCAGGUGGCCAGUCUCCAUCAGAUGUUAUUGCUCUUCACCAUUUAUUUACAGGCUGAUGCAUCUCUUCCUCAAAUAAAAAGUGAUCAAAAUCAUUUAUGUUCUGAGGGGAGCUGGGGAUGAAAUUUGGGUUUUCUUUGUUGUCAUAAUUUUGGAAAAGCAAAUAUUUUUCUUUGUUGUCAUAAUUUUGGAAAAGCAAAUAUAAUUUCCUGUAAUUGUUUUUCA